AUGGUUCUCCAUGUCAAAUGGCAGGUUCUGGCCGUCCUCUCCUGGACAUCACUCUCUCAAGCUCGCCCUGACAGCCUGAAAGGCCGUACGCCUCCCGUCUCAAACACAUGCGCCUGUUUGCCUGUACCGGACGGCACACCAAGCGUUUCCACCAAGACUGAGACCAUUUAUGAGACUGUCCAUCAGAGUGUCUCCGUGACUAGGCAGAUCAUCACUGCAACUGUUACGAUGACUCAGGCACCAGUGGUCGUGACUGAGACAGUCCGCGCUACAGAGUCUUAUGGCGAACAAGUGACUGUUACUUGCACCGAGGUCAUCACCGAAGGUCCCGAUGGCUCCGUGACCACCUUGACCAAGCCUCCUGGAGGUGACUGGUCCUCGGAAACGAAGACGAGUACCUCCAUGGGCGGCUCCGAGACUCAGUCGCCUCACCACAGCGACGAUAGCGAGGCUACCCAGGCAAAUAGCGGAUCCGCCACAGGUACUCGUACUGAUUCCGGUGACGGCAAGCCUACCCACUCGUCCGGCGGAGACAGCGGCGACCACGGCACCGAAUCCAAGCCGACUUCAGCCCAUCACUGCAAACACUGGGACGGGACCAAGUGUGUCAAGCCGACGGUUGCACCCGAUCCCACCGCCAUUACUUCCACCGCGGUGGCAACGACCACAGUCAAGGGCACGACAAUCGAAAGCGCCCUGCCCACCUAUUUAGAUUGCUCCGUCUCGGUGGCUCUUGUCACCGUCUACAAUACUAUCACAGCGACCGUCUACCAAAGCGGUGCCUUGCCCGCGACAAGUUUGGUUCAUUCACCUCGCGCGCCAACGGCGGCCGCGGCACAAUAA